UUGCAUUCGCAUGGUAACAGAAACAAAGUUGUUUGGUUGUUCCGCAUCGCAGCCCUCGCUUCCUUUCUAUCGCUGUUAAGUUCGGAUGACAAUGUUUUGUUCGCGCCGAUCGAUUGGAUUACUUAACGAUAUUAGUCAAGCUCUGAGUAAAAAUUUGUCGCUUCGUUGCCAAAGGGUCCAAUGCCUACGCAUUGGCAAUGCUGAAAUCCCAAAUGACAAGCGGUUGAAGUUUGCUCUUCAGCGCAUCCAUGGAAUUGGCCGUCAAAGAGCGCACCAAAUUCUCACCGACCUCAGUAUAGAGAAUAAACUUGCUAAAGACUUGACUGGAGUUGAGAUCCAUUCUCUAAGGGAUGAAGUGUCCAAGUACAUGACUGGAGAAGAAUUAAAACGAUGUGUUAGAAGUGAUAUACAGAAAUUGGUAGACAGUAGGUGCUACAGAGGAUUCAAUCAUGUUUGCAACUUGCCAUGCAGAGGACAGCGCACUAGCACUAAUGCCCGGACCAGGAAGGAUCAAAAAAAUCGCGAGAGAAGCAACUGGGAUGCGCAUCAAUCUCUGGCAGAAACGAUGCAGAAACUUCAAGAAAGGAGUUAGGAGUGACCAACUUGAGAGUGGGUAAUAUCUUUUGCUGUGAUUAAUAAUCUACUCCCAUUUAUGUGCUAGUUUUGGCUUUACAAUAAUGACUUUUGUUUUCAUGGGUAAUGUCAAUUGUAAACGUUUUAGAGAUGGCAGUAUUAGUGUAAUUCCAGCCAAACCUUUCUAGUUGGUUUCUCUCUUUACCUUUUGCUGUUUUCCUAAUCACAAAACUUCCCGUUCUCCA